CAACAAUCGAUCACGGAGAUGGCCAUGCUUGGAGGCACGCACCGAGAAACAACUCGUUUCGAAAGAUGUGGUUUGCUAUUCAGCGGAGAUGAAGCGCAGUUCUGUGAUGGACAGAAGAAGCAUAAAACGCUGGCAAUCGCCGGCGAAAAUUUAGCACUAUCCUCACCACGAUCCAUCAUCCACAGGCAUCUCAAGUCUCAAGUCUCCAGCCCUCCCAGAGCCCAACGUUUCCACUUUUGAGAACACAUUCAUCGAGUUUGACUAAAUCCUGGCCUCGGCUCUUCAUUUCUCAGUACACUUUGCAUGAUACCACAGCAUCGCCAUCAUGCCUGAGUUUACCGUGUUCAAGGGUGCCCAAGAUGGCGUGCCCAAGAAAUCCACCACCAAGAAGCCGGACCAGCUCGUCGGCGAUGAGGUGUAUGUGAGAGUCACAGCAUCUGGCGUCUGCGGAACCGAUCUCCACUACCUGACAAGCGACAUGGUCCUCGGCCACGAAGGCGUCGGCGUCGUGGAGGCCGUCGGGCCCAACACCAAGUAUCUCAAGAAGGGCGACCGCGUGGGCUGGGGCUACGAGACCGACAGUUGCGGCCACUGCAGCGAGUGCGUCCGGGGCGACGAGACCUUCUGCCCGGAGCGCGCCAUGUACGGCUCCGCCCACCCGGACCAGGGUUCCUUCGCCACGGGCGGUGUCUGGCGCGAGGCCUUCCUGCACCCCAUCCCGGACGGCAUUACCGACGAAAACGCGGCGCCCCUCCAAUGCGGCGGCGCCACGGUCUACACGGCGCUCUACGACGCCAAGCCCAACGAGGUAGUCGGAAUCAUGGGCGUGGGCGGGCUGGGCCACCUGGCCAUCCAGUUCGCGCGCAAGAUGGGCUGCCGCGUCGUGGUGCUGUCGGGCACCGACGGCAAGCGGGACCAGGCGCUGGAGUUGGGCGCGCACAAGUUCCUUGCCAUGAAGGGUGCCAACCCGGAGGAGCUCGAGAAGAGUCUGGCGGGGUGGCAGAUGUCGCGGCUGCUGGUCACGACCUCGGCGCAGCCGGCGUGGGACACGCUCCUGUCCCUGCUGGCGCCCAAGGCGCGCAUCUAUCCGCUCUCGGUCGCGUCCGGGAACUUGGUGAUUCCGUACAUGCCGCUCAUCCUCAAGGGGAUUGCCGUGCAGGGGUCGCUUGUUGCCACGAGGACGGUGCACCGCGAGAUGCUGGCCUUUGCUGCGGCGCAUGGGGUCCGGCCUGUGACUCAGACGUUUCCCAUGACGGAGGAGGGCAUCAAGGAGGCGCUGGAUCGGUUGGACCGGGGCAGGAUUCAGUACCGGGCUGUGCUUGUGCCGCAGUGAUUGGAAGGGGUUUUUACAUGCUUUUAUCUGGAGUAUGGGAGGGAGGGUUCUACAGCGGAGUUGGGUGUGAAGGUUUGGAUAUAUUAAC